GACUGCACUUGAAGUGACAACAGCAAGGGGAAAUGCCAGAAUACUGUCCUCAGAAUUUACGCAGUUGUCUUGCUUAUGAAAUAUCUGAUACUGCUGUAUGGUCAUGGUUGAACGGAAGGAUACACUAUGGUAACGUUGCCUAACUUCCUCCGCCAACAAACAAUUGGAUAUUAUUUGGUAAAGAGCUGCGUUUUGGAUACGUGCAUAACUGUUGGUGCAUAAAAGUCCCUCUCUCCCUGUGCCUCAGUUUCAAACGAGAUCAAACUGGACCAGGACUGGAUGAUCGAUUAUAUUAGUGAUGCACGCUGCUUUAAUGAAUUGCAAGACGCUGGACGUCACAGCGCAUCUCUCCGUGCCACAGGUGCGCAGUAAACUUUUUUAUUCAUGAUUGAUUAACGUCGGAAAGAAAAGAAGGACGCGCAGGGGGCGGGGGGGGACAACUAUUACUCGCACUAUGGAGAUCAUGUCAAAUCAAACUACAGCAGAAGCUGGAGGAGAUCACACCGCUGCGGUCUCCAUGUCUGCAGUCGUGGAUAUAGCCGAUGUCGCCAGUCCGAGUCCUGUGACCAAACAGCGUUCCCUGAGGGCGGUUUAUGUGCUAAAUGAUGGACUGAAGGCAGUGGCUGCCAACAGCCCAGAGUCCGGGGCGCUGCAAUGUCUCCAGCGCGCCUGCGACGCAGAGAGUGCCAUAUUAACCACAGUGACUUUUGGACGCUUAGACUUUGGAGAGACAUCGGUGCUUGAUAGUUUUUAUGACGCAGACAUUGCUGUGGUGGACAUGAGCGAUGUGUUCAGACAGCCCUCACUGUUUUAUCACCUUGGUGUGCGUGAGAGCUUUGACAUGGCCAACAAUGUCAUCCUCUACCAUGACACAGACCCUGACACAGCACAGUCCUUGAAGGACAUGGUGGCACAGAAAAACACAAAGACUGCAAGGCCAGUUAAAAUAGGCUUCCCAUGGGUCCAGUUGCCUCCUGAGUAUAGGGGCUCCGGCCUAAGGAACAAAGCCUCCAGUGGGAACUACUAUUUCAUUCCAUACGUGAUGACACCCAACAAUGAGUACAUGUGCUGUGAGAAUGUAGCCCAGCGUAGAGCGUCGGAAUACAUGCAACCCAAUUGGGACAACCUCCUGGGGCCCCUCUGCGUCCCGUUGGUGGAUCGCUUUGUCAGCUUGCUCAAAGACAUUCACGUCACGGCUUGUGCUUCAUACAAAGACACACUCCUGAAUGACAUUCGAAAAGCUCGAGAUAAAUACCAGGGAGAAGAGUUGGCCAAGGAGCUUACCCGUAUCAAACUACGCAUCGACAACACAGAGGUUUUGACUCAGGACAUUGUGAUGAACUUGCUCUUCUCCUACAGAGAUAUACAGGACUACGAUGCCAUGGUGAAGCUGGUACAGACCAUUGAGAUGUUGCCCACCUGUGACUUGGCCAACCAGCCUAUGAUCCAGUUCCACUAUGCUUUUGCUCUCAAUAGACGGAACAGCCCUGGAGACAGAGAGCAGGCUUUACGUGUGAUGCUGCAGGUUCUGCAGUCAUGUGAGCAUCCUGCACCUGACAUGUUCUGUCUGUGUGGCCGCAUCUAUAAAGACAUUUUCCUUGACUCUGACUGCAAGGACACCAAAAACAGAGACAAUGCCAUCCAGUGGUAUAGAAAAGGCUUUGAGCUGCAACCCACUCUAUAUUCAGGCAUUAAUCUGGCAGUGUUGCUUAUUGUAUCUGGACAGCAGUUUGAGACUUCCAUAGAACUCAGGAAAAUCGGUGUGAGGUUGAACAGUCUGCUGGGCCGUAAAGGCAGUCUGGAGAAGAUGAAUAACUAUUGGGAUGUGGGGCAGUUCUUUACUGUCAGUAUGCUGGCAAAUGACAUUCCCAAAGCUGUACAGGCUGCAGAGAAACUCUUCAAACUCAAGCCACGCAUAUGGUACCUACGAUCAGUUGUCCAGAACCUUCAGCUGAUUCAGCAUUUUAAGAAGCAGAACACAGAGCAUUCUCCUCAGAGAGAGAGACUCAACUUCUGGAUGGACAUUAUCGUGGAGGCUACACAAGGAUCAACCAAUGGCCUCCGCUUUCCAGUGUUGAUCCUCGAGCCGACUAAAGUGUACCAGCCCUCGUAUGUGUCCAUUAACAGUGAAGCUGAAGAAAAGAAUGUUUCUAUAUGGCAUGUGUCUCCUGCUGAGACGAAGGGCAUACAUGAGUGGAAUUUCACAGCGUCAUCCAUCAAAGGCAUUAGCAUCUCAAAGUUUGAUGAGCGCUGCUGUUUUUUAUAUGUCCACGAUAACUCUGAUGAUUUCCAGAUUUACUUCUCUACAGAGGAGCAGAGUGGCAGGUUCUGCUCCAUGGUAAAGGAGUUGAUCACAGAUGGAUCAGGAAAUGCUGUUGAGCUGGAGGGAGAGGGAGAUGGAGACACCCUGGAGUACGAGUACGACUAUAAUGAGAAUGGAGACAGGGUGGUUCUCGGUAAGGGUACUUAUGGAGUGGUCUACGCAGGGAGAGAUCUGAGCAACCAGGUGCGCAUUGCCAUCAAAGAGAUCCCAGAGAGGGACAGCAGGUACUCUCAGCCUCUGCAUGAGGAGAUUGCCCUCCAUAAGUACCUGAAACACAGGAACAUUGUUCAGUACCUGGGCUCAGUUUCAGAAGAUGGCUAUAUCAAGAUUUUCAUGGAACAAGUCCCUGGAGGCAGUUUGUCAGCUUUGCUACGUUCAAAGUGGGGUCCCCUGAAAGAAGCUACCAUAAUCUUCUACACCCGACAGAUCUUGGAAGGACUUCGUUAUUUGCAUGAGAACCAAAUUGUUCAUCGGGACAUCAAGGGGGAUAAUGUCCUGGUCAACACCUACAGCGGUGUGUUGAAAAUCUCUGAUUUUGGCACAUCCAAGAGGCUGGCUGGAGUCAAUCCCUGCACAGAAACAUUUACUGGCACGUUGCAGUACAUGGCCCCUGAAAUCAUCGACAAAGGCCCAAGAGGUUAUGGGGCACCUGCAGAUAUUUGGUCUUUGGGGUGUACUAUCAUAGAGAUGGCGACAGGCAAACCCCCUUUCCAUGAGCUGGGAGAGCCACAAGCUGCCAUGUUUAAGGUGGGCAUGUUUAAAAUCCACCCUGAGAUCCCAGAGUCUCUUUCCUCAGAGGCCAAAUCCUUUAUCCUAUCCUGCUUUGAGCCUGACCCCAAUAAAAGAGCGAUGGCCGGGGACCUGCUCAAAGAUCUGUUUUUACGUCAACACAUCAAAGGCAAAAAGAACAAGAUUGCAUUAAAACCCUCAGACUACAUCCGUAGUGUUUCAUUACCAGUACAGCUGCAGGCAGAGGCCACAGGGAGCAGCAGCAGUGAACCCGGCUCUGUAUCACCAGACUGUGAUUCCAAACAAGACAUGUUCUUUGAGAAGAAAAAACACUCAAGCUCUGAGAACCUCAAUAAACCACCCAACUCAAACUCCCUUAGUGUUCCAGAUGAGAGUCCUACAGUAGAGGACCGCAGCUCUCCUGCCUCAUCUGAGAACAGUGACUCUGGUCUCUUCCUCCUGAAGAAAGACAGUGAGCGACGGGCCAUACUCUACAAGGUUCUUAAUGAGGACCAGGAUAAAGUGACUUCCAACCUAAUGGAAAACCACAUCCAGGGUCAAGAAGAGCUAAAGUUGUCAGUGGACCACAUCAAACAGAUCAUCUGCAUCUUGCGAGACUUUAUACGUUGCCCCGAACGACGCGUCAUGGCAACCACCAUCUCAAAACUCAAACUGGACCUGGACUUUGACAGCACGUCCAUCAACCAGAUCCAGCUGGUUCUAUUUGGUUUCCAGGAUUCUGUGAAUAAAGUGUUGAGGAACCAUCACAUUAAACCUCACUGGAUGUUUGCCAUGGACAACAUCAUCAGACGGGCUGUGCAGGCAGCUGUUACCAUUUUAAUUCCAGAGCUGCAGACGCAUUUCGGCCCAGCAUCUGAAAGUGAGGGUGCCGAUAAGGAUGCAGAUGAAGUAGACGAUGAGGAUGAUGCGGAGUUCAGUUCAGUGGCUCGUGUGACGCAGGAAGAUCAAGCACUCACAUCUGGAGUCAGCACCAUCAGCUCAGUCAUAUCCCAUGAGGCUCAGCAGCCACAGCACCCACUGGGAGCUCUGAUCGGACGCCUCAAACAGGAAACAAGCAGGCUGCUUGAAGAACUGGUGCAAAAGGAGAGAGAGUAUCAGCAGCUACUGAGACAAACUCUCCAGCAGCGGGCACAUGACAUUGAGCUUAUCAGGAUCAGACAGCAGCCUGUUGCAGAGAUGCCCACCCCCUCCAUAUUUAACAUGGCCGCUCAGCCUGAGCCUGACAAGAAGCUUAUUGAUUGGCUGAAGGUGCAGGGUGCUGACUCAGAGACCAUAGACAAGUUUGCUUUUGAAGACUAUACGCUUAACGACAUUCUCUGUGAUGUGACUAAAGAAGACAUUCGGUGCCUGAGGCUUAGGGGUGGUGUGCUGUGUCGUAUCUGGAAAGCCAUUCAGAAACAUCGCAAUACAGGGCUUACAAAGGUCAAGAAUGACGUGGGAAAUUCAGAAGGAUGAAAGCUGCACACAUUUCCUAUUAACGGAGUCAACAUACACGCACAGUCCUAUAACGAGAGACUGUUUAUGAAAACCUUUGUAGUACAAAAGUUGUAAUUCUUUCUGACUGACGCCCUCUGCCCAACAUGCCAUGCUUACCUGUUUCUAAGGUUGUAGUCUAUUGCUUUUGUGAUAUUUUUAGUAUGUGACCUCACACAUUUUCCAUCUUAUUUACAUUCAGUUUCAAUAGAAAACCCCACAGGGAUAUAAACAGCUCUAUUCAGGAAAGACUAUUAACUGGUACUCAGGAGAUGUUGGCUGACACAGAGUGGCUAUCCAAAUGACAUGGGAAUGGGCCCAGAACGGCACACAAACAGUAUUGUAGGACAUGUAAUCAUGCCAUUUUAAAUGGUUUUAGGUUUACAAUUCUCUACCGUGUUUUGAUUUAAUUCCAAAAUUGUGUGUAAUAUUUGUGUAAGAAAUAUUGUGCAAUGCAUUUUGAGGGACUGUCUGGUCGAAAUAACCACAGACAUUUCGGACCAGGGCUAAGGAGCCUCUUCUUAAUAUAUAUUUGCUAACUUUGUUUGUGAUUGCCCAAGGCAUCAGUUGUUAAAUUCAACAGCAGAUAAAUAUGAGUCCAUGUUCAGUAUUUCCCACAGGAGUUUGUGAGAAUGGGGGUUGGACCUUCGAACCACUAGGGGGGUCCGGGGGCAUGGUCCCCUGUAAGAAAAUGUUGUACAUUUUAAAGUUAAAUACUUCCAUCUGGUGGAAGUAUCCACUAGCCUUCCAUCUGGAGGAUAGUGUUGUACUCUUGUAAAAAAUGUUGUGCCCUUAAAGCUGCAGUAGGCAACUUUGAAAUAAUUAGAAUUGUAAGAAACAGCGCGCCCUAUUUUUCUCCAUUUACAUGAUGCUCUUCACCCCCAGCCAGGGUUUAAUUGACAGCUGUUUACAAACAGAGCCAAGGCCUGCCUCGCCAAAAGCGAUUGGCUAAAAUCUCACCUGGGCUUUGACGUCUCUUAAAAUAUUUUUGUAUGCUCAUUCUGAAAAGCAGGGUACAAACUAGGGAUGUGAGUUUCAGGUUUUUAUCUUUUAAAGUUACCUCAGACUGCUAACGAUUGCUAGCUAGAGAAGCUGUAAGCAGUGUAACAUUAUGCCAAUUAACCUAGUAUCACUAACGUUAAUUUAAGUUAAUCAUCAUGAUUCUAACAUCGGCAGUAAUAUUAUCUGUUUGCUCUUGUACACUGAUGGUGAUAAAUUGUGUGUGGAUUAGUGUAUAAAUGCAGUGUAAACAUUUAAUGUUAGUUAACGUUACUUACCUCAAAGAUUUGACAUCCUCCUCAACCAAAUAACAUUAGACAGAUCCAGGAGUACUACAGUGCAUAUAUCUGCAAGUGUGUGUGUGUGUGUGUGUGUGUGUGUGUGUGUGUGUGAGCAGGUGAGUUUACAGCAGCGGGUGAGUAGCUGACUGAACUGACUGGCAUGCGAGAGAGAGCGCAAAACACAACCUUUUAUUUUAUGUUAUUAUGAGACUGAGAAGUGCAAAAAUAUUUCAGAUGAGAAGUGUAAAAAUGUUUUUGGUUCAUUAUGAGACCAUAGCGGGGAAAAUUAGACUGUGGUGGUCCGCCAGAGUCUAGUCAGUUAAUGGGGAACACUGAACAUGUUAGUUGUUUUAUACUUAACUGUACUUUUACUGUCUUAUGUCAUUCUCUAUUUCCAUAGAAAUAUGUACAAGACUAGUCUUGCCGACAGCAAAUCGAGGUGGUUUAUUUUACACCCAGCCUGUGUUCCUCAGGCACGUAUCCUCUUUCUUAAAAACGAAGUGCCUAUUUUGUCGUUAGCUGUUAAUCAAAGUCAUUUGAUCUUGUUACAAGUUAAUACAGGCCUUAACUGCGUGAAUGGAAAACGGAAUAGACCAAAGCACCUAAGUUGCUUGAUCCAUUUGUGUUUGAUGUUUAUAUUGCGUAUCUUGUGUUUGAACGUUAAAGCACUGUGACUGUUGAUUUGUUUUGAUUGUGCUUAGAGCUCCAGUUUUGGCUUCUAAGCUAAUUAAAUGAUUCUUCUAAUGUAUGUGUCUCAAGGAAAAGACAAUGAAAUAUUUAUUUCUCUGACUGACUUUUGAAAUAAUCUUAACUGCAUGAUAAACUGGAUAUUCAGGCUAGGUGAGACAAAAUGCCAACUUGAUUUUCUGAAUUGCAAAACGCUUUAGGUGAAUUAAGUUCAAACUUGCUAUAGGCAUUCACACCCAAGCAGACAAAAAUGUCUGAAAACAUGCAAACAAAUUGUUAAUCCAUUGUAACAUAGCUGCUGGGUAAAAAGUAAAUUUCACUGCCAUCAAAUGCUUGGCAUAGUUUCCAGUUAUGGAACAUUUUGCAAAUGCUGGAAACAUCGUCAAAAUGGAAACCAGCAUUAGUUUUAACUGAGACAUGGAAUGAAGCGUGGAUUUUUAUUGACCUGGGCAGUUUGAACUUAACGACAGAGGGGUUGAUGAUUUUUUCAAUCGUAAAGGGACCAAGGUAACAGGAAGACUGUUCUUUUCUCAAUGGUAUGUUCCUUGAUGAUAACCAUACCUUCUGACCUUGCUGGUAAUUGGGUGUAUGAGUCCGAUGGUGGUCAGCCAAACGGUGGAGUGCUGAGCAAAUAUCUCUCCAAAUCUUAUGGCAGCGAUUGAGGUGAACUUAGACAGAUGGGAUUGCAAUGUCAUUCUCCUGGACCAGAAACAACAGAGGCUGAUAUCCCAAGGAACACUCAAAAGGAGGCAUGCCCAUGGCUGAGCUGAGGAGGGAGUUGUGAGCGUAUUCAUUCCAAGCAAGUGGGCACUCCUGAUGCCCUAUGCUCAACAUUUCAUUUUUAGCUGUUUCUCAGUUCUAGUCUAUUGCUUUUGAGAUAUUUUUAGUAUGUGACCUCACACUCUCCAGGUUUUCCAUCUAAUUUACAUCCGAUUUCAAUAGAAAACCCCACAGGGAUAUAAACAGCUCUAUUCAGGAAAGACUAUUAACUGGUGCUCAAGAGAUGUUGGCUAUCCAAAUGACAUGGGAAUGGGCCCAGAACGGCACACAAACAGUGUUGUAGGACAUGUAAUCAUGCCAUUUAAAUGUUAGAUAUAUUUCAAUGGCUUUGUGUUUAAAAUUCUCUACCGUGCUUUGAUUUCAUUCUAAAAUUUGUGUAAGAAAUAUUGUGCAACACAUUUUGAGGGACUGUCUGGUCGAAAUAACCACAGACCUCUUCUUCUUAAUAUAUUUUGAUAUCUUUGCUUGUGAUUGCCCAAGGCAUCAGUUGUUAAAUUCAUCAGCAGAUAAGUAUGAGCACAUGUUAGUUUGUUUUAUACUUAACCGUACUUUAACCAUCUUAUGUCAUGAAUUUCUAUAAAAAUACAGUUGAAGUCAGAAGUUUACAUACACUUAGGUUGAAGUCAUUAAAACUUUAUACAACUCCACAGAUUUCAUAUUAGCAAACUAUAAUUUUGGCAAGUCAUUAAGGACAUCUACUUUGUGCAUGACAUAAGUAAUUUUUCCAACAAUUGUUUACAGCCAGAUUGUUUCACUUUUAAUGGACUAUAUCAUAAUUCCAGUGGGUCAGAAUUUUACAUACACUGUUAACUGUGCCUUUAAGCAGCUUGGAAACUUCCAUAAAAUUAUGUCAAGCCUUUAGGCAAUUAGCCAAUUAGCUUCUGAAAAGCUAAUUGGCGGUGUACCUGUGGAUGUAUUUUAAGGCCUACCUUCAAUCUCAGUGCUUAUUUGCUUGACAUCAUGUGAAAAUAAAACAAAAAUCAGCCAAGACCUCAGAAAAACAAUUGUGGGGCUCCACAAGUCUGGUUUAUCUUUGGGAGCAAUUUCCAUACACCUGAAGGUACCACAUUCAUCUGUACAAACAAUAGUACGCAAGUAUAAACACCAUGGACCACGCAACCAUCAUACCGAUCAGGAAGGUGAUGCAUUCUGUCUCCAAGAGAUGAACGUAGUUUUGUGCAAAAAGUGCAAAUCAAUCCCAGAACAACAACAAAGGACCUUGUUAAGAUGCUGAGGAAACAGGUAGACAAAUUUCUAUAUCCACAGUAAAACAAGUCCUCAUAACUGUCGACAUAACCUGAAAGUCUGCUCAGCAAGGAAGAAGCCACUGCUCCAAAACUGCCAUAAAAAGCCAGACAACAGCUUGCAAGUGCACUUGGGGAUAAAGAUCUUGGAGAAAUGUCCUCUGGUUUGAUGAAACACAAAUUUAACCAUUUGGCCAUAAUGACCAUCGCUAUGUUCUGAGGAAAAAGGGUGAGGCUUGCAGGAGGAACUGGUGCACUUAAAAAAAAAAUGAUGGCAUCAUGAGGAAGGAAAAUUAUGUGGAUAUAUUGAAGCAACAUCUAAAGACAUCGGCCAGGAAGUUAAAGCUCGGUCGCAAAUGGGUCUUCCAAAUGGACAAUGACCCCAAGCAUACCUCCAAAUUUGUGGCAAAAUGGCUUAAGGACAAUAAAGUCAAGGUAUUGGAGUGGCCAUUACAAAGCCUUGACCUCAAUCUGAUAGAAGAUUUGUGAGCAGAACUGAAAAAGCAUGUGUGAGCAAGGAUGCCUACAAACCAGUCUCAGUUACACCAGUUCUGUCUGGAGGAAUGGGCCAAAAUUCCAGCAACUUUUUGUGAGAAGCUUGUGGAAGGCUACCCAAAACAUUUGAUCAAAGUUAAACAAUUUAAAAGCAAUGCUACCAAAUACUAACAAAUUAUGCAAACUUCUGACCCACUGGGAAUGUAAUAAAAUAUAAUCUGAAAUAAAUAAUUAUCUCUAUUUUAAGAAUGUGAAACUUCAGAAUAAUAGUAAAGUAGUGAUACUAACUGACCUAAUACAGGGAAUGUUUUCUAUGAAUAAAUGUCAGGAAUUGUGAAAACCUUUAAAUGUAUUUGGCUAGGUAAACUUCUGACUUCAACUGUAUGUGCAAGACCAGUCUUGCAGACAGCAAAUCACUGCCUCAGGCAUGUAUCCUCUUUUUCAAGAAGGAAGUGCCUAUUGUGUAGUUAGCUGAUAAACAUAGUGAAAAGUCAUUUGACCUUGUUAUAAGUUAAUAAAGGCCUUAACUGCAUGAAUGGAAAACAGAAUAUACCAAAGCACCAAAGGUACUUGAUCCAUUUGUGUUUGAUGUUUAUAUUUUGUUUCUUGUGUUUGUAUGUUAAAGCACUGUGUCUUUUGAUUUGUUCUGAUUUGCACUUAUAGCUCUAGUUUGGCUUCUAAGCUAUUUAAAUGAUUUUUCUAAUGUAAGUGCCUCAAGUAAAAGACAAUGAAAGAUUUCUUUCUCUGAUUGGCUUUUGACUUAAGAAAAUAAUCUUAACUGAUUGAUCAACUGGAUAUUCAGGCUAUGUCCAACUCUGUUCUUUGGAUUGCAAAACACUUUAGGUGAAUUAAGAUAAAACUUGCUAUAGGCAUUCACACCCAUGCUGAUAUAAAUAUCUGAAAACAUCCAAGGAAAUUGUUAAUCCAAUGCCACAUAGAUGCUGGGUAAAAAGUUUAUUUCACUUCCAUCAAAUGCUUGGCAUAGUUUUCAGUCAUGGAACAUUUAGCAAAUGUUGUAAACAUUGUUUCUGCCUAC